AUGUGCUGCUUUAUUAAGUCCAUUUGGUUCUUUGUGAAAAGUAUUCUGCAGACAGUGUGCUAUUGCUGCACCUGUGCCCUCCAGACGCUUUGCUGUAUGGUGUUUGUGGUGGUCAUCAUCUGUCUGGCGAUUGGGCUGGGCGUCUAUUUCGGCGUCUUCCACAACCGGGACUCGGACGACAAUACCACGACCACGCCAAGAAGUCUCAUACUAAACGCCCUGAUGCCUGACGCCUUCCGCGAGGAGAAGGAAUCGACCUGGGUGUAUUAG